AUGGCGAAAUCUGUAAGCCAGGAAAGGAUACGACCUCGCUCAUACUGCGAAACAAAAAGUGAGCAGUCAUUUACAAGUUCCAAAUGCCACUUCAUUACUUGUCAAAAUUCGAUUGUGUUCUUCCACGGUGACGAGCCAGCCAACACCAAACAAAACUGCAUAUUUUAA